AUGCAAGCUAAUGAUUCUCAAAGCAAUUAGAUACACUAAAUUCUUAAGGAUUCUACAAAUUUAGCAGACUAUCAUCUCAGUCGAGAAUCUCUCUAAUAAUAAAAUAGAGAAGAUGAUAAUUUUUCCUAUUAAAUGAAUUAUGAAUUGGUUAAAAAUGAAUCAAUUCUUACAUCUCAGGAUAAGUCAAACUCUCAUAUUGAAAAUUAGACUAUGAUCAGUCCUUUAUAUAAUGAUCAGAAUUCUCAACAGUUUGUAGAAAAAUGCUUAUACUUUAGACCCUUGCCUAUUAUUAUAAAGACUAACUUGAGUAAAUUUUUGCACAUCUUCCUAGUGAUUGAUGAUGGACUUUUGAUUAAAACUCAAAAAGAAAUCAUUCUCUAAGCCGAAGAUUAGCCAGACUCCUCAAAACCAGUUGUGAGAGAAUACCUCCAUUGGGACUACAGAGUUCGAGGUGAAUAUUACUAUGCCAGACCCUAUUUUGAUGAACUUAUUAAGUAUCUAUGCACAUUGGAUACUUAAGCUGAAUUUUAAGGUAAACUAGACUACAAGAUAUCAUUGUGCCUCAACUCAGAGAGGAAAAGAGUGAUAGGGUUGGCAUUCUAAAUGUUUUAAGCAAAAAAAUUGAGAGAGUUCAAGUCAAGAAUACUCUCAAUUCAUGAUGAUUUGGAGUUUGAUCUCAAGACACAGAAAUUUAUAUUUCCUUACACUAUAUAACAAAGCUAAAAGUCAGAAUAAGAAUGCUCUCAAGUCAAGAAAUUGGUAAUUAGUUCAAAUGAACUUUAGUCUGAUGUAAAGAUAUCUAAGCUGACUCAGGAGAGUUUAAUUGGAAACCUAUCUAGAAUUAGUGAUAGAGACUUCUACCAAGAAAUGUAUGAAAUCAAGCAAUAGAUCAUACAACUCCUCUAUUAAUCUUUCCAAGAAUGA